AUGCCGAAGGAGGGGCUGUUCGAUGGGAUCAGAAAGCGUUCUACUAUUGAGCUUCCUACGUUUGAACAAGGUACUGAUCUAGGCUUGACUUAUGUAUCUGUAGUAUCGGAGAGUCCAAGUCAUCGCACUGAGCCGUCCAUGGUUAGUCGUCCCAGCGAGCGUGGCAGGCGAAAGCUGCGAGCUCGCCGCAACUUGGUGGAUUCUGUUGAGGCGACAGGUGACGCAACUUUUGAGAUAAGUGUCGCACCAUCUAGAGACACAGGAGGUGAAGCAAAGGAUACCUCAAACGUUGCUAGUCAUGGCAGAAGCAGACCUACAAAGAAGAAACGUUUGCGUUCGCGGCGUAAUUUAGUGGACUCGUCGUGCGCUGCACCGGACAAUGCUACAUUUGAGAUAAGCGUUGUUCAACUCUCCGAAAGGAAGAAUGAUACGAUGGCUGACGCGACAAAGGUAGAAGCCAUCGGACUGAGCAUUCCCGAUUGCCCAGUUGGAUCGCUACCGCUUGCCUCUGGAGCUGCUUGCAAGUCUUUGGAGGAGUCUGAAGUGGAAGUGGGAACUCAGGGUUCGGCUGCACUCCCUCCAUACGAAACGCCCUCCAGUCAGACAAAGACCCGAGAAUCGUCCGAAGGAUGCACAGGCAGUCCUCUAUCACAUAGUGCAACACGGAAUUCCGGCCAUAAUGAAAACGCCGACGCCAUGACGGGGGUUGGCGUGGCAUCACCCCCAGCCAAUCAAAAUGAGGGACAAAUUGGUGACCAAGUUCCGGAGUCUGUGAAUGAUGCGCUCCUACAGACGGAGGUGACUCCGGAUACAAAAGUUGUAGAAGUGGACAUCGGUAGAGGUGAGGAUCCUGCUUUGGAGCAUGUGCAUGUCCCACUUCUAGUGGAAAGCGAUCACGUGAAUGUCGUAACGGAUUUGCUUGACAUGAAUUCAUUCGAUAUGGAAUCUACUUCGGCGCUGGUCGUUGAAGACGAGGCUUCCGCGACAAGUGCUGUAGUUCUGACUCCAGCACCUGAAUCUACAUCAAUGGCUACCUCAAUGUCCGAGACUUCAGCUGCACCAAGUUCUGCGGAGGCGAUCCAGGCGCCUGCGAUCACCCCUAUUGCUGGUGCUGUUCGAGCGGAUCUUUCGGCUAUGGAAAUUUCUGGUAAAUUAGUCGGAAAACUAUUGUUGUGCCUUCAAAAGGAGUGUCUGGAUUUUAACUCACCCUUUUUCUUAACCAUGGCCGUUGUUGAAGCACCUUCCAAUGCGUCGGUUUUGCGGGAUGAGUGGAAAGAAAGCGACGUUAUGCGGCAUUCGGUUCAACAUCAAACGGAGGCUAUUUCAAUGGCAGUCAGCAAUAUGGAAGCUUCUGAGGGCAUCGAUGACAGGACCGGUUCAGUGAUGGUCAGAUCAAACGUCCCUGAUACAGAUGCGCUCCCUGCUGAGGGUGGACCAGUUGGAGAGGAGGUAAUCUCCAUGCUCGUGAGUGAGAUAGACUUUUCAGCUUAUCAGCAUCAACCAACAGCAGAAGUAGCGUCCCGACCGGAGGCUAACGUUGAGACCGUUGAAGAACGCGAACGUACAGCAUGCACAGCGAGUUGCGCUGAUGUUUUCAACUCUCCAGUGGUUAUUUGCGGGCCAGAAGCUCCUGGUGAGGGUGCAGUUAUUAGUUUUCAUUAUUUAGAUGAAAGGGCCUCACCAAAAGAAGUGGAUGAGCUGGAUGUAUGUCCUGUGGAGGCGGUUGCUGGCCAACCCAAUGCUGAUGUCGAUGUUCCAGCCGAGGAAUCCCAGCGCUCUACCAACGGUGCUGACGGUGGUGGGGAGGAGGGCGUUUCUGUGAUUGUUAACAAGUCAAACGUUUCGGCAGCUUUGAAGGCUUGUGUAACUUUGCUAGCGAAUCUGGCUAAAAAUAAGCCGCAAUGUGACAAUACAAUGUACAACUGCGAUGCCGAACUUGAAGCUGAGGCUGUGGAAGACCUGGCGACUGAGUCCACUCAUACCGUUGAAGAGGUGGCGAAGGUUUCAGAUGCGAUGCAAGUCGAAGAUAUGAGUUUAGAAGGCGGUUUAUUGCCUUCCCGCCCGCCAGAUGUCCCCUUGGAAAGCGACACUGGUUGCGACUCACAAGGCGAGAAGAGGAGUUUGCGUUGCCGUCGGAAGAUGGUGGACUCGGUGGACGUGGUGGAGGCGAAUGCGACGGUGGAGAAAAGUGUGGCACGGGUUGAGGACAAGGGGGGUGUGGAAGAAGGAGACGGUGAGACUGAAGGUGUUGUAGUAGUAUCAGACGAAGUGCAUGUGGGUGGAGAUGCGGACGUGGAGGUGACAGAGGAAUCAGAGGUGGUGGUGGCGGCGGCAGCGGUGGAGCGCAUUGACGGUGGUGGAAGUGAGGCUGGAGGUGGAGAUGUGGAUUUAGUGGAACAGGCAACUGAAUCUGCUGCCCCUGCCGGUGCUGUGCCGAUUGUCCCUAGUGAAGUGGAACUCGAAAGAAUUGAGUUUAGCGUUGAAACACUUUGUACAAUUUGGCGGGAGGAGCUUAAGUAUAAGGAGCUUUUGCGUUUCCUCUUUGCAGGUGUUUCCACAGGAAUCCGGAGCAGUUCAGACUCAUGCGAUGACCAGAGGAGUUUGACCUCCUCUUCCUCGAUGGUGUCUCAUGUGGAUGCAGAGGCGGGCGAUGCCACGGUGCCAAUAAGUGUGUCAUCGCUGAUGGUGGAACGAAAAGAUGGACAAGGGGCAGAUGAGGAUGCGGUCGUGGUUGGAGAGGUGGACCAGUUCAAUCUCACCGCUCAACCUGUGGCAAUUGUUCCAGUUGACGCGCAAAUCGCUGGUACAGGCACCAAGAGAGGUUUGCGUUCUCGUCGCAAGAUGGUGGACUCGGUGGACGCAGUGGAGUGGGAUGUGACGAUGGAAAUAAGUGUGGCGCCUCUUGUGGACAAACAGAGUAUUGGACAAAGGAGAAGUGAGACUGAAGACGACAGUGCGGCUGUCCAUCAAGCUGAACCAUCACCGGUGAUGGAAGCCUUUGUCGAUGCCUCAAGCCAAGCAGUGCCCGAAGAUGGCUUCAUGUCUAGGGAGGCGGACACGUCUGCACCCAUGGAAGAAGCUGUGAAAGGCGUCUCAAAUACAGCGCAAACCAAAGAUGUGAGUUUAGAAGGCGAUUUAUUGCUUUCCCGCCCGCCAGAUGUCCCCUUGGAAAGCGACACUGGUUGCGACUCACAAGGCGAGAAGAGGAGUUUGCGUUGCCGUCGGAAGAUGGUGGACUCGGUGGACGUGGUGGAGGCGAAUGCGACGGUGGAGAAAAGUGUGGCACGGGUUGAGGACAAGGGGGGUGUGGAAGAAGGAGACGGUGAGACUGAAGGUGUUGUAGUAGUAUCAGACGAAGUGCAUGUGGGUGGAGAUGCGGACGUGGAGGUGACAGAGGAAUCAGAGGUGGUGGUGGUGGCGGUGGAGCGCAGGAUGGUGGCGUCGAGUGUGGCAUCGCUUGGUGAUGGGAGGGAGGAGGAUGCAGUUAUGGAAGAUGCUGCCUCCACUGAAGUGUUCAUCAAUGCGGUAAAACAACACACUAACACGCCAGGUAUUGUCUAUCUUUGCAUACCUUCAACUACGUGCUUUCACAUCAUCACUUGGCAUCUUGUGUGUUCCCAUCUCAGCGUCGGUCGUUCACCUGACGGAGCAUGCUGGCGAUGGAACGGGGGAGUAUUUUUUGAUGAAAGUGUUUUGGAGACACCUCAGCCUAUCUCUCCGCGUUGUGCCUGGCCAUCGCCUCUGAAUCGUCCGGGCUCCCUUGGCUACACCUGCCCCUCCUUAUCUGCUGUGCCGCUUAUGGAGACCAAGUUAAAGAGCACUUCUUCCUCCAGUCGUGUCUCAAGAUCGACUGGGGUCUCGUCGGGAAUGACUAGAUCACCUCUGAGCUCACAGCGUCGAACCAUCACGUACCAGGAGAUAAGGGAGAUUGAAGAGAGGUUGUUGGAAACCUCUGCUGACGAGGUAGAAGAUCACUCCAUCCCUCAGGUAGCCCCUUCUAAUGGAUCUACCUCAACUCGGAAUAAGGAUACCGCAAAGUUGGCACCCCCAGUGAGUGUUCCAAAUGAUCUCUCUUUGUCCGCUUCUUGUCUGGACCGAACUAUGCUUCAGGACAUGGUAUUAAUGCCUCCUGUGCAGCCACUACCGCCACUGAAACAUCGCCACGGCUCGUUUGUAGGCGAGACAGCGGCCGUGGGUUCAGCGCCGUCAGCUUCGACUUCAUUCACUGAAAGGCGUCGUAGUGUUCAAUUCGCCCCUUUGGCUGAAGUAUUAAAACAAAGUCCCCGUGGUCAUUGGAAUCGACUCUCAGUGGGUUUGAUGGACCAGUUUGAUGUGUCCCCUAUUCCUAAGUCGGGAGGAGGUGCUAUUGUAACGAAUUCAUCGACAGAUGAGUCGAGCAGUUCAUCAGACCUUUCCCACUCCUUGAUUGCGGCGAACGACGAGAUAGAACAGAGUAGCAUCACCCCUUCCACAUCAAGCUCCUUGAAUCACUUAAACAGGUCUUGCCAUCUUUCACCUACAGCUGUGGAAGCUUUGAAUCGUUGGAGAGAGGAUCAAUCAGUCCUGGUGGAGGGGGAGGAGGCAGAGAAGGUCACCGAGAAAACUUACAGUGAAAGCUUGAUUCCCGGACGUGAGAAGUUGACACCAGAGCAGAUUAAGCAUGUGUUGACUUGUCUCCGCUCUCCUGAGUUGGCUUCCAAAGCCUCUCAACGUUCGGCGCGUCGUAAUCAGAGAUCCAAAAUAGAUGAUAAGACGUAUGCAAUCGACCCGAGUAUGACGUCUUUGUCACAGUGGCUACCACCACCAAAUGAGGGCAAGGAGUACGACAUGGAUGCCGUAGGAAACGCUCUUCGUUUGAUGCUUAUGGGGUGGGUGGAGCCUCAAGAUCCCGUCUUCAUUCCUCUUCCCAAAUCGGCCUAUCAGCACCGCGUGAACACCGAUUCGGGACUGCGUCGGAGUACGCGAAUUCGAGUCGCACCUCCACGAGACUCCUACGAGCGAGUAUACUACGAUGUUCGCACCAACCCUGUCACAGGUCGGUUGGAGAGAGUGCCUUUGGGCUACCUCCGUUAUCCCAACCAGAAGGAGGUGCGGAGACGUCAGCGUUUACUCAAGAAACGACUCCAGGACAGCGACAAAGGAGCCGCGGCCGUGAGAAAGCGUGCUCGGGAGGCUCGACUUCAUCGAUUAGCUGCAAAGAGAAGACGCGUGUUGGGACUUUCUGAGGCUUUGUCCAAAACCAAUCAUUCUCGGAUCAUAGUGUUGGAAUCCGAUGUGACUUGGGUCGAAGAUGGCAUGAAUACCCUUCCAAUCGGCCAACUCAUUAAUCCGAAGGGACCCUCAAAUUUGCGCGUGAUUUUCGAGUCACUGGAUGAGGCACAAUCGUGUCUAGCCGGUGGUGUUAUUCAAACCUUCACAGAAUGUGGGAUUGAGCCGGGCUCUGGCCUAUCUCAUGUGGGUCCGUUUGAGCAGUCACUUCACGACAUCACCAAUGUCAUUUCUGCUGAGCAGAAGCGUCGUGGUCUGCAUUUUGAUCCAAAGGCGAGCAACUUUUUCAUCAUCCAUUUGCAGACUCCCAACGAAAUAUCAUCGAAGAAUCCUCUCCUGGCCGUUCAAAUCGGCACCUACGCUAUUCCACUGAGGAAGGCUUGUUGCAUCCUUGUACCGGGAGGUAUACCGUACAAAUUCAUCAGCAUAGCCCCACGUAUCAUAAGGUUGUCUCGACUUCGAUUUAUGCCCUUGCGAUAG